AUGAAAACCCUCGCUUUCCUUGCCGUCUUUGUCGCCAUCGCCGCCGCCGCCGAAUUCAUCGACAUUGGCUACAAGACGUGCAGUGAGUUCUCGAGUGCAAGUUGAUCCACAAUAUCCUUCUAGAAGCCGACGGCACAGUGACUGGCGUCAAAGCCGACGGAUGCGACCUGACGAUCAAGGACGGCAAGAAAGUGUGUUUGUUCAAGAAGGGCACGAAGCCGGUCAUCCAGAUCGCAUUCAAAGCGAGCAAGCCGGCCGACAAACUGAAGACGUCCGUGCGCGCCAAAGUCGGCGGAUCCGCGUUGGUCGACUUUCCGCAGACCAACUCCGACGCGUGCACUUAUGGUAAGCCAAAAAUGUAUCCGUGAUGCUAAUAAUUUUGUGAGACUGCCAUGCGAUUAGACACUAUAGCUACUGUAUGAUUGUGUCUAAACCAACUCAAAGCGACAUUGUUUGCAGGCGUGAAGUGUCCAUUGACCGCCGGCGCCGCUCAACUCUUCCAGCAAUCGAUCGCGAUCACCGAGAACCAUCCGUCCGGCGAGAUCAUCCAAGUCAACUGGCAACUGGCCCGUCCGGACCAAACGAAGGAGGUCUGCAUCAUCUUCCUCGCCGAAAUUGUCGCGUGA